UAGAUUUUGCCAAUUUAGAAUUUACAGAGCAUAGACGUUUCGUUGUAUGGCAAACCGAUGUUUUCCUGCAUUAAAUUUCUUUCCUCUUGUUACGUUGCGAAAUCGUUUAAAUAUUUGAAAAAUUGGCCGGCAGAGGCCGCUGUAUUUUGGGCCAGUUGGCUAGUCAGCGCUCAAUUUAUGAGAGCUCCGCAGCUGUAAAACUUCACAGCUCCAAGGGCUAAUUACGUUGAAAGGCUGUCGCUUAGUAAGUUAAAAAGUUUACGCACAAUUAUUAACACUUGGCCCGGCCGGCGUGAUGGGGCACAAAAAGUUGAGAGACACGCCCAGUUCGGUGCAGCCCAUUAGACAAUAUAAAUGCUUGGGCUUCCAUCGCAAUCCGUACAGUAGGGAAAGCUUAGACUAGCAGCCAGCAGAGCCAUGAACAGCUCCCUAGUAGAGAGUCCUCGCACCUUCGGCGACAUGAUGCGCAUGCCCGUGCGCUUCUACAAGACCAUUGGAGAGGACAUCUAUGCGCAUCGAUCGACGAACGAGCUGACCUCGCUGCUGCUCAAGAUCUACCUCUACGCGGGCUUCAUCAACUUCAAUUUGCUGGUCUGCGGCGAGCUGGUGUUCUUCUACAAGUCGAUCCAGGACUUCGAGACUGUGCGCCUGGCGAUUGCUGUGGCGCCGUGCAUUGGCUUCUCCCUGGUCGCGGACUUCAAGCAGCUCACCAUGGCGGUGUAUAAGAACACGUUGAUACAGCUGCUCGACGAGCUGGAGGAAAUGCACCCGAAGACCCUGCUGGCGCAGAAGGCCUACAAGAUGGCCGACUUUGAGCGGACCAUGAAACGCGUCAUCAGCAUUUUCACUUUCCUCUGCCUGGCCUACACGACCACGUUCACCUUGUAUCCGGCUGUCAAGGCAACCGUCAAGUACAAUUUCCUCGGCUACGAGACCUUCGACCGCAACUUUGGCUUUCUUAUCUGGUUCCCCUACGAUGCGACCUCAAGGAACUGGGUAUACUGGAUCACCUAUUGGGACAUUGCCCACGGCGCCUACUUGGCUGGCAUCGCAUUCCUCUGCGCGGAUCUCCUGCUGGUCGUGGUCAUCACGCAGCUCUGCAUGCACUUCAGCUACAUUUCCACGUGCCUCGAGGCCCAUCCUUGCGACCCAGAUCAGGACGAGGAAAACUUGAGAUUCUUGUGCAGCAUGAUCAAGUAUCACGACAAGUGUUUGACGCUGUGCGAGCAUGUGAACAGCAUGUAUAGCUUCUCGCUGCUGCUGAACUUCCUGAUGGCCUCCAUGCAGAUCUGCUUCAUAGCUUUCCAAGUGACCGAGUCGACGAUCGAGGUCAUUCUGAUCUACUGCAUAUUCCUAAUGACAUCCAUGGUGCAGGUGUUCCUCGUGUGCUACUACGGCGAUGCCCUGAUAGCAGCAAGUCUGCGUGUGGGCGAUGCGGCCUACAACCAGAACUGGUUCCAGUGCAGCAAAAGGUAUUGCAUCAUGCUCAAGCUGAUGAUUAUGCGCAGCCAGAAGCCAGCGAUGAUACGGCCGCCUACAUUCCCACCCAUUUCGCUGGUGACCUACAUGAAGGUGAUCAGCAUGUCGUAUCAAUUCUUUGCCUUGCUCAAAACAACCUAUUACAGAGACUGAGCAGACAAACAUACAUACAUAUAUGUA